UUUGACAUUAGUUCGUUUUAUUUCGGCUUUAUUUUCGUAUUGUUUUCAAUUUUGUGCUGCACAAAUGUACAAUAAAAUCGAACACGAAGGCCGAGCAAUAAAGAGCAACUUGUGCAGCAGCAACCGAGAGACAGCACCAAAGCGCCCAUAAAUUGCCGUUAACUGCCUUGCGCGACAAUUAAUCAAAUAAAAAAAAGAGAGGCAACAACAACAACCAGAAGAAGCAGUAGAACGUGUGUGGUUACCGCACUUGGAAGGAAGGAAGAAGUAAGGCAACACACACAGAUCCAGCAUAGCAUAUAGUAUUUCGAAUCACACAUAGAUGUUAAAGUUUGUGCUGCACGACGCCAUUGGCUACGUGCGCAACAAUGUGCGUGAGUUCAGUCUCAAUGCUCUCCGACUGCUGCCGCAGCUUCCCCAGCUGAGUCCCUACGAUGUGAAUUUGGCAUUACGCGAAAAUGAAUUCGUUUACAAUUUCCCGCUGGACGGCAUCAUACGCAGCUACGAAACAAAUCAACUCGGUUCCAAUUCCCCCUGCGAGGAUUCACGCACUGAAGCCAGUCUCCUCCAUCGCAACGGCUUCAUCUGCGGUGUCUUCGAUGGCCACGGCGGUGCUGCUUGCGGUCAAGUGGUCUCCAAGCGCCUUCUCCGCUACAUCUCCGCGGGCACGUUGCCCCGCCAAGUGCUGCGGGAGCAGAUGAAGCAAGGAUGCACCAGCCAAUCGUUCCUCAAGUGUCACAACGACAAUGUCGAUUUCGUUAGCGAGAUUCGUCCCAUCUACGAGAACAGCUUCCAGCAGUACAUCAAGCGUCUGAGUGCGGAGCCGCAGCGCGAUGUCGCCACCGAGCUGGAGCAGGCUUUCCAGCAACUAGACGAGGAUUUGGCCCUCGAAGCCUUGGCCACCAACGAUGUGCGCACCAUGAGCGUUGCGCUCUCCGGCGCCGUUGCCUGUUUGGUGCACCUGGAGGGACUUCAGUUGCAUGUGGCCAGCACAGGGGACUGUGGAGCUGUGCUCGGAGUGCUCGAUCCGCAGACGAAUCAGUGGCAACCGAAGAAGCUGAACAGCGAACACAAUGCGGACAACAUGCAGGAGGUGGAGCGCAUUCUCCAGGAGCAUCCGCGAGAGGAGCGCGAGACGAUCAUACGGAAUGGUCGACUGCUGAGUCAAUUGGCGCCGUUGCGCGCCUUUGGCGACUAUCGAUACAAGUGGCCGGUGGAGACGAUGCAGCAGCAGGUGGUGCCCAUGUUUGGGGAGCAUGUGAUGCCACCGAAUUAUUAUACACCGCCGUACCUGACCGCACGCCCCGAUGUCCAGCAGCACGAGCUGGGCGUCAACGAUAAGUUUCUAGUCAUUGCCAGCGAUGGCCUCUGGGAUUUCCUCACGCCCAGCGAGGUCGUCAGUCUGGUGGGUGAGCACAUCAACUCCAAGAAGAUCCUCGAGCCGAUGCGUCUCCCCAGUGGCGAUGUCAAGCUGAAGGAGAUCUCCGCCCAGCUAGCGGAGCGCAAAGCCGGACUGACGCGCAAGCCGAUCGAUCAGAAUGCGGCGACACACUUGAUAAGGCAUGCUUUAGGAGCCACCGAGUAUGGCAUUGAGCACUCAAAGAUCUCGUAUUAUUUGUCGCUGCCUCAGGAUGUGGUGCGUUUGUAUCGCGACGACAUCACCAUCACCGUCAUCUACUUCAACUCGGAGCACAUCGCCAAGCUGCGCAACGAGACAGCGACUGCGUCAUCACCAUCUUCAUCAUCAUCAUCAUCGCAACCUCAGCCAGCGGCGUGAUUUGAGUGAACGACGAGAUCUGGAUGUUGGAUGGAUUCACGUGUACCUUCGAGCAUCUAAGCUAAAUUGAUAUAUAUAUAUAUAUAUGUAUAUGCUAUAUAUGUAUUUGUAUAUGAUGAAUAUGUAUUUAUUGGACGGCGUCUUAGCUAAAUCUCAGCUAGUCGCAUAAGUUGUUUCGUUUAAGUUUUGUUUACAAUCUCCUCCUUCUCCUCUCCUCUUCAAUUUUUCCCUGUCUCUAAUUGUUGUCACUAGUUGUUGCUAUUGUUGUUGCCGAAGUCUUGAUCCUUGACGAUCGAAGCACUGAAAAUUACAAUUUAAAAAACACACUUUGAU